UUUGGGGGGAAGGUCCAUAUUUUACAAGUAAAAUUAAUUUGUUUUCAAUUGGUGCAAUGAUACACAUUGGUACACAUUUAAACUCUUUACAGUUUGGUAUUCAUGGUAAAAGUAUUAUUUGUCAUGAAGACUCUGGAAAUAAAGUCCAACCGUCUGACAAAACAAAAAAUACCGUCCUCACCAACAUUCCCACACAUGAUUCCAGACACAAAAAACACACCCAUAUGUGCAGACUGUCACAUCCACCCAUCUGCGCACCCUCACGAAUACACAUUUUGCUGAGUGGUGUUUAUGAACAGGAGUAGUUGUUAAAGCAGGAUCAAAAUAAAAUGCGAGCAUUUCAGAAAUGGGGUGUGCCGUAUGCAUGUCGGAGCUCUGUGAUGCUGCCGCUCCGCAGAUUGACCGCUGAGUGUUGCGUUUAGGUGCGGUGCGCUCUCCGCUGCGCUGCUGCUGCUGCUGCUGCAGGGGGAGCGUCCGUCCUCAGCCUGCAGUGCUGCGAUGUGCGGCCGCCUUACUUGUCUCCCGGCUGCUUCGUUUCUGCACAUCUAAUCCAAUUUGCAGGACCACUAAAGAGGGGAGUCAUUUAGAGGAGCGACCUCCAUGCAGGAGGAAGGUGAAACAGCUUACAUCGUGCAUCUUUGAAACUGAGAUGGGGAAGGUGCUCCCUCAUUUCUGUGACUAUUUACAUGGUUUCUGGAGAUGCAGGUGCCUUCAGAGGAUACCCUUUCACUGACUGGAUAGAGGCAGAUGGGUUUUAGGAUGCGCUCCCUAAGAAAGACUGUGUUGCUGGCCAUCCUGGUGUCAGUGGUGCUGGUACUGGCUCUCCUCCACUCAUGGCCCACUCGGGGUUACACCACAGUGGAUGUGUGGCAGCGGCCGGGGCUGAUAGCAGAAAGACAUCUAGAGGAGAAGCUGCCAGAGCUAGAUCACCGAUUAGACAACAUCCCUUUUCAUGUGAGGGACAGCGUGGCAAGCUUGUUGGCGCGUAAUGGGUGUGUAUGUGAGGGUGAGAGUGGAGGAGUAAACCUGCCCUUUACCCAACUCUUAUUCCCCCGGGUGUCAGCACACCCACUUCACACUGCCUUUGAGGCCUCUGAGCUGGAGGAAAUAAAGAGGAGACGGGCCAAAGAGUACAACAGUUUCCAGAAAAGGUCACAGACACCCGCAGAUGUUCUUAUCAUUGCAGAGGCGAACAAUCCCUUACAAUAUCCAACACAGGGCGUGGAUGUACGACCCCUGAAAACAGUCAUCAUCCCAGGCUUGGCCUUACAUGACCUUCCCAGAGACCACUACUCGAUAAACAUCACUGCCACGCUGGGAACUCUAAAUGUGGCUGCAGAGGUACAGGGGGUUAAAAUCAAAGGCGAUGGCGAGAUGCACAUGACUCUGUCGAGUCUCAUCCUGCCCAACCUAAACCGGCAGCUUCAGUUUGUCACCUACACAAACACGCUGUUCCAUCCAAGCACCGCAGAUACAGUGCAGUUUGAGACAGAGGGACAUCAAGCUGUCUUCACUAUCAAGAUCCGUCACGGUGUAACACCUAAACUGUACAACACAGGAUCCAAAGGAGAGUACAACGUCAGCGCUCUUGUUACAAUAGCUACAAAGACCUUCCUCCGCUACAAUAAACUCCAAGAUCUUAUCGACAGCGUGAGGAGAUACUAUCCUUCGGUGACCAUAGUAAUCGCUGAUGACAGUGAAAAUCCUAAAUCCAUCUCCGGACCUUACAUCGAACAUUAUAUAAUGCCUUUUGGAAAGGGUUGGUUUGCGGGACGAAACCUGGCUGUUUCUCAGGUGACCACGAAGUAUGUAUUGUGGGUGGAUGAUGACUUCAUCUUCACAGCCAACACCAAGCUGGAGAAACUGAUAGACGUUCUAGAGAGAACAACUCUGGACCUGGUGGGUGGUGCAGUGCGGGAGGUCACAGGUUACACAGCCACCUACAGACAGACUAUCUCCAUUGAGCCAGGAGAGGAGGAUGGAGACUGUUUACACAUGAGGAGAGGGUUUCAUCACGUCAUCCAAGGCUUCCCUAACUGUGUGGUGACUGAUGGAGUCAUUAACUUCUUCUUGGCUCGCACCGACAAAGUGCAGCAGGUCGGCUUUGACCCCCGCCUUGCCAGGGUGGCUCACCUGGAGUUUUUCAUCGAUGGCCUGGGAUCCCUUCAUGUCGGCUCCUGUGAUGAUGUCAUUGUCAAUCAUGCCACCAAAAUCAAACUCCCCUGGGUCAGCCAAUCAGAGAGCGACAAGACUUACGCUAAGUUUCGUUACCCACCAGCCUCCUCUGAUGCCACACACACGAAAAACGGCCUCCUUUUCUUCAAGAACCGAUUCCAGUGUUUGACUCAUAAUUAGCUCCUGUCCUCUUUAUCCUGAGGGUUCCUCUGCUCUUCCUGAGUUGCCAAAGAUGUUCUCCCCCACCGCGUCCCGUCAGAUAAGAUUUCAGACAAACACUUUGGUUUACUUUUUACCAAGAACCUGGACAAAACAUCGUCUGGCUUUACUAGAUUUCAUAUGUGUUGUUAUUCAGUGAAGUUAGAAGAAGUCCAAUAUAAAAGUUCUGAGUGGAAACAUAUCCUCUCGUUUACAGACUCAGUUCAAUCACAGCAUAUUCGUCAUGAGCCUAAGAUUAUAAAGGGAUUUUACUUUUUGUUUGUCAAAUUUUAUCUGGCUUGACAUCCUUGAGUUGUUGAGCUUUGGGGAAAACAUGGUAGCAUCUGUGGGGUCUGAGUCACUUUGUUAUUACUGUAUGCUGAUGUGGGAGGAGGUUCAUGCAACCUCCUUCGAUUUGCACUAUCCAUCUAGAUGCUUGAAAAAGCAAUAGUGACAUCAGCGCACCUGCAGAGGAGGACUGAGCCUUAGCGAGAACAAAAGGACACUUUCUUUAAAGGGACAAUCCUGUACACACAGAGCAUAGGUAUCCUUUUUACCAAUGCCACAUGAAGAACGAUCCAGAACUUUUUCAGCUGUGGUACCCGCGCUCUUUGUGCCAAAGGUUUGGGCUGCAGGCUUUGGGGAGUUUUAAUCUGUUUGUGUUCUAGUUUUGCUGCCCCCCUUCUUUUUACCAAAAGUCUUCUGUGUCAUCGAAAAAGUUUGGUCCCAAAAAUCUAGUGUGACCUGAUCUAAGAGCAGAUUUGUUUUUUGUCCCCUGCUGUCCAUUGCUCUUCAUGUUUCCAACAUCUAAGGAAGUGAUGCUUUCGGGUCCUGCGUUGCUGAUGAGAAACGAUGAAAAUGAUUGCAUCUUAACAUGCUGCCUACAGAGAGAAGUCGAGUGAACCAAAGUGCAUGUUCAUUUUUCCUCGUUUGAAGAGAAGUAAAGAGGAGAUCAAACACACACUCUGACAGAUUUAACAAGAGCAUCAUGAUAAACUGACACAGUUUGAGUACAUGGAGCAUGAGCGAAAUAACUGAACGAUACCCAGUGAGACAACGUUAACAAUACAAUGAAACAAAUCCAUCUCCUUUCCUCUUCUAUGAGGACAGUUAAUCAAAGACUGAUACACUCAUGCCUGAAGUGACGAUGCCGUUCUUUUAUACCAUGGCCUUUAGAUGGCGCACUUGUAUCCCUCUUUGAUGUAAUAAGUCAAAUCAAUUUUUAAAAGUAAUUUGCUCUUAGUAAAGAGAUGCCAGAAAUUCACACUCAGAUUUGUCUUAAUCUCCAGAGAGAGCUUUUUAGUGCAAUGUUUCCAUUCCACAUUUUUAGGGUUUUUUCUUUUCUUUUUUCAGUUUGUUCAGCGUCAGCUCUCUUAACAGGAACCAGCUGACAAUAAUAUGCUUUUGUGUAGAUGUGUGUUCAAAGUCUGUCUAAUUUUCUGGUUUGCAGCAGCCAACAAAUCUAGAGCUGAGCUGAUUUUUUUAAAGAGAAAAGAAAACAUUGAUAUUUAUUGUAUUACACUGAAAAUUUACUUGCCUGCCUCACCCAAAAAAAAUCACUGGUUUGAGUCAUCCAGUCACAGCAGUUUCAUUAUUUAUUUCAGAUGUUGACAAAUAAAAAGGUCUGUUGAAA